UUGGAUUCCAGGGCAGUCGAAGGUAGAAGCAGAGAUGUCAAUUGUUGGGGAUGAUUUGGAAAGUCUAGAAUCGCAGAAAGACUGGUUUAAGAAAUCAUGGCAUCCUGAAGAGACAGAAAUUGAUGGCAUAACAAUGGCAGAUUUUGAGGGAACAGUCCCUGAUGUGAAAUGGGAAGAUGUAGGUGGGAUGGAACCAGUAAGGCAUGCAUUUAUGAGUUACAUAAUUGAAUGUAUUAAGGAUCCAGAUGAUUAUAAGGUGUUCAAUGUUGACACGGAGAAAGGAUUUUUGCUUUAUGGACCUCCUGGCUGUGGCAAAACAUUAAUGGCAAAGGCCGUGGCCAAUGAAGCGGGGGCUAAUUUUAUACACAUUAAGUGUCCUGAACUUUUGAGUAAAUAUGUGGGAGAAAGUGAAUCGGCAAUUAAAACUAUAUUCCGCUGUGCAAGAACAUGUUCCCCGUGUAUAAUUUUCUUUGAUGAGGUGGAUGUUUUGACAACUAAAAGAGGAAAGGAAGGUGGUUGGGUUGUUGAAAGAUUUUUGAUUCAGUUACUGUUUGAGCUGGACGGUGCAGAUGAUAGAUCGGGUGUCUAUGUUAUUGCCGCAACAAAUAGACCCGAGUUCAUAGAUGCUGCUUUUUUGCGGCCUGGAAGACUAGGAAAGCACCUACAUGUCGGUUUGCCUAGCCCGGAAGAUCGUGGCUUGAUUCUUAAAGCUCUUGCAUGUAACAACCCUAUAGAUAUUAGUGUCGAUUUAUUGGAAGUUGGGAAGGACUCAGCUUGCGAUAAUUAUAGUGGAGCUGAUCUUCGUGCUCUUGUCAGUAUUCCUAUUUUUUAUUUCUGCAAUCCUUCUCAUGUAAAUGAUGCUCAUACUGCUUGUUAAUUUAUAGGUGAAUGAAGCAGCAAUGGCUGCAAAGGAUGAAAAAAGAGUAGUCUUAGAUUUGUCCACUAUACAUAGAAGACAUUUCGACAUAGCAUUACAAAGGACCUCCCCAUCUGUCUCCCAAAAUGUAUUUGUUUAUUUUAUUUUAUUUUUAACUUACAUUUAAAUUAAAGCAUGAAUAUGAAAGUUAGUCAAUCAAGAUCAAAUCAUUCGUAAUUGAUAUGUAAAUGCGAAUACAUGUUUAUCUUCAAAUUUGAAAAUCUUGUUA